GAAUACAUCCGCAUUUCCUGCAGGAAGGGCAGAACAUAGUGCAGUUUAUAUUGCCAAUAAUAAAAAACUUUACAUUCUUGGUGGAAUGGAUUCAAAUGGAAAUGCUAGUAGUAAUCAGUUAUUUUAUAUUGAUGUUUCAGAAGCUUUCACGAUUAGUAUACCUUCAAUCAAAUGGGUUGACCUUUCUUCGACAGCAGGAAUAACAAAUCGAAGUAGUGCAACAGCUUGUGAAGAUAGUAAUACAAUUUUUUAUAUUGGUGGAGUGUAUCGUGGAGGUCUUGUUAGUAGAUUUGAUACAUUAUCUAGAACUUGGAGUGAACCAGUUACUUCUGGAUCAAUACCUACAGAA